AUGCUUGCAAAGAUAGCAUAUGAUGACUUGUCAUCAAUUCUUACUCAAAAGUGCAGUGCCAUUAUUCAAAAGGGACUUCCACCAAAGCUCAAAGAUCCAGGCAACUUCCUCAUACCAUGCACAAUUGUGAACAUGGCCAUUGACAAAUCACUAUGUGACUUGGAAACAAGCAUCAACUUAAUGCCUCUUACCAUGAUGAAGAAAAUGAUAAUAGAAGAGCUUAAACCCACAAGGAUGUCACUCCAGCUUGCUGACAGAUCCAUCAAAAUACCAAAUGGAGUAGUAAAAAAUCUCUUGGUGAAAGUAGGAAAUUUUAUAUUCCCAGCCGACUUUGUGGUCCUAGAUAUGGAUGAAGAGAAGAAUAAUUCAAUUAUUCUUGGUAGACCCUUUUUGGCCACUGCUAGAACAAUCAUUGACGUGGAAAAGGGGGAGAUGAUCUUCAGAGUACAUGAUGAGCAAAUGACCAUAAAUGUCUUCAAGGCAAUGCAAUACCCUGCUAAAAAAGAGACUUGUAUGAGGAUUGAUGUGGUAGAUUCCUUGGUUGAAGAAGUAUUUGAAGUAAACCAUCAAGUGAAUCAGGAGGAAGACCAAGACAUACAAGAGCAAGAGGUGGAAGAAAUGCAAGUACUAGGAGAACCAAGUGCAACUAAGAAAGAAGAGGCACCACAACAAGAGUUGAAACCACUACCCCCUCAUCUUAAAUAUGCAUUCCUUGGUGAGAAGGACAAUUUCCCAGUGAUCAUCAACUCUACAUUGAGUGCAGAGGAAGAAGAAAAACUCCUGUAG